AUGGUGGGGCGCAAGUUUUUCUAUCCUGUGAUUUAUCACACGGACGAGCAGGCUCAUAAAUGGGAGCAGCUAUGUCGUACGAACCCAAAGCGCGUUAUCGACGCUCUUACUUUAGGUCCUACCCAAGAGAUGAGGAUUGAUCGAAUCAAUCAGUGGGGAGACACAUUUGCAGAUGUCGGACCCGCCCUUUUCGCAAUUUCGCAAAUAGCCGCUGCUCAAAAUUCCGUUUGGGAUCGCUUAGUGAGGCUGGGCAUAACAGAUAUUUUGGCGCGAGGUGCCAAGGAAUAUGUUCCGUUCAUGUCUCGACUUCCAGCCUCUCAUCCCGAAGAGUUACAGGAACAGUUAAGCAGAGAUGUUCCGGCUGCCUACUAUCCACCUUUGGAUGUCCUAUGUAGUGGGGUCAAAGGAUUUAGUAUAGAAUGUACCCCAUCUGUCAUAGGUCGCAGGUACAUUCAGGAUCUGAAGAGAAAUUGGUCUGGCAUGAUGCAACGACUAUGGGACGAUCCUGAUAAUACACUCAAAGAAGGAUCAGUGCACGCCAGGGAGCGAGCGCUAAUUCCUCAGAUGCUUGUUCGUCUCAUCGGCGCCGAUCCAACUUUUCUGAGUAUUUUAGACUCUGAGUCCGAUCUCACCAUCCCAGUCGUCGCCCGUUUUUUUGUUCAUGCGACUGAGGCCCUGGAUACGCCAAUAUUGGCCUCCUUACUUGCUCAGCUAACAGAGCCCAGCUUCGAAAUCCUGGAGGAGUAUAGAAAGACCAACCCGCGACCCCCAUGGUUUCUUCGCCGUAUACUAUUGGGCGCAUCUUCUCCUCACCGACUCCUCUCUGCUUGUGCAUCAUAUCUGGAUUUUUUGGCCGAAAAUGACAUCGAGCCUGUGUUUGCGUUUGCGAUGGGACUCUGUUCAGUGAUAGAGCGAGAACAGCAUCUUCAGUUCCUCCACUGCUCACGCCGGUCAGUCCCGUUCUGGAAAAGCAUAUUCACCUACGUCAGCAUUGCAUCGGAAUUUUGGUGCACCCAGUGGAUAAUCAAUGUACAAAGCUGUGUUCAGCAAUGCGCACGGACUGCUGCUGAUCAGCUAGAGCCAUUGAUUUCAACAUGGGUAAAAGCCGGAUUUUUUGACGCACUUGAUGCUGGUAUUCCUCGAUGUAUAGACAACCCUGUGAUGAUGCACAUUCUUACCCGCAUAUUUGGCAGCUUUCUUUCGGCAAUCGAGAAGCACCAGUCACUUGUCGUUCUAAUCGGGAAGGAAUUUCCCCGUCCUCGUCUCUUGCGCAUCCUAGCCGAACGUGCAUUUUUUAAAGACGGAAAGGUGCUCCAGCCGUCAGAAUGGGUCACUCACAAAGGUUUUACUGUUAGAGAUGCCCACAAUACCCCUAUCGAUGGAGAUGCAUGGAAGGAAACAGCGUUUACGGCCGUCGAUGAGCUGAUGCGAAAGUGCUUGAAAAAGGACACAUCAGAUGCUCAACGCGAUAUUGUGGACGAGAUUGUCAGAGGGCAGACUGGAAGGAGCACAAACUGA